AUGCUGGAUGGUGGGUGGAUCGGCACCGGCACACACCGCCUGGACCACCAGAGUACUACAACCUCAACUUCCUGCUCGGCAAUCCAUGUCCGCCUCCGACCGGCGCGGGAAAUGUCCAGGGCACUUGAUGAGAAAACAAAGGAGGCAAUCAAGCAUGGAGAUCAUGCAAAGGUUUUUGACGACAUCGCAACGGCGUUGUCGCCAUCGACGAACACGUUGCUUGAGAUUGAACUCCUCGGGCAGAGCCACCAGCUGGCGCCGGACGUGGCAUUGCUCCAGGACGGCAGCUGCAUCGCCAUCCCGAAAAUACGACUCGUGCAAGCGUUUGUGUUCGCCCGGCGCGCCUUCACGGACCACGUGCGAGGAGACAAAGAGUGCUCCGACGAGCGGUUGCGGAAGGCGACGGCCAUCAUGCUCCUCAUGGACCCUGAACAUCUCACGGCGGCCAACACGCGAAAGCGACUCUUGAUGAAUUCCCCCGCCUCCGCGCGAGAGACGGCAGAAAUUCUGAGGAAGGAGAAAUUAUUCGUCGACAGCCUUCUCACCAGCAGGCUGCACCGGCACACCAAGUCGCCCGUCCUGUGGAAUCACCGGCGUUGGCUGAUGGGACGAUUCGGCACAUGUGCCGUCACGUUCGACGCCGCCAAAGAUCUGAGAAGCGUCGUCCUCGUGUCGGCAGAGAGGCAUGGGCGAAACUACUACGCUUGGAGCCACGGCCGGCAGCUGGUUUCCCUGCACCCCCACGACGCGUCCACCGCCCUGCUGGACGAGGUCAAAAAAUGGUGCUUCGGCCACCACGACGACGUUUCCGGUUGGAUGUUUGCUCUGUUUCUGCUGCGGCGAUUCCCCGAAGAGGCGGCAUCACUCUUCGACGAGACGUUGCGCUUGGCCGAGACGUUCCACUGGCGGAACGAGUCGGUUUGGUACUUUCUUCGGAACCUGUUGAUGAGCGGCCUCGUCGAAGGCGCGGCAGAGAAGCGAUUCCGUUCCGUCCGAGAAGGUCUGCAGCAAGAUGCACGAGACAGGAACGCCAAAGGCAAGGUCCUCGAGCAAGCAUUGCACUGGAUCACCUCGUACCCUGCCGAGCUGGUUGUGCCGAGGCAGGAUGCAGAAGGCUAG